UAUAUUUUUAUGUUUGGUCGGUUCGGUCCUUCUCUGUUGGCCUCCUCUGUGUCAAGCUGGCUUGGAGCGUCUGGACACCUGCGACAACAAACAAUCUAAACGAGGGAUUUUUGUUUCACCGGCGAUAAAAGGAUGGAUGUAGCUGGGGACCAGGCUUGUUAUUAACGUAUUUUGUUAUGAUGACUGACACGGUGAUGUUGCCUCCCUCAGAGAAACUGCCAGUUUCAGGCUGAGUUUUCGGCAUGACAGGGUAACAUAACGUGAAUGAAUAUAUAUCUGCAACAAGUGUCCAUAACUCUUUUAAAAGUCAGCAUCUCAUUACCUUGCUAUCAAGAUUUCCCAUACAGAUUUUCAAAUGAAAAUGGAGGAUAUGCCCCUGUCAGGCCCAGACAACACCAGGCUGGAGGCCUUGGUCCAUGACAUCUACUCUGAGCUGGUGGAAGAUGCCUGUUUGGGCCUGUGUUUCGAGGUUCACCGUGCUGUGAAACAGGGCUAUUUCUUCUUGGAUGAAACGGACCAAGAGAGCAUGAAGGAGUUUGAAAUAGUGGAUCAGCCAGGUGUUGACAUAUUUGGCCAGGUGUACAAUCAGUGGAAAAACAAAGAGUGUGAAUGCCCGAACUGCAAAAGAUUGAUAGCAGCUUCUCGCUUCGCCCCGCACUUGGAGAAAUGUCUCGGCAUGGGACGCAACAGCAGUCGCAUCGCCAACCGCAGACUAGCCACCAACAAUAACAUGAGCAAAUCAGAGAGUGAUCAGGAAGACAACGAUGACCUCAAUGAUAAUGACUGGUCGUAUGGUGCAGAAAAAAAAGCCAAAAAGAGAAAGUCAGAUAAGAAUCAAAAUUCCCCAAGAAGACCCAAAUCUCUAAAACAUAAAAAUGGUGAGCUUGGGAGCAGCGUCAGUUCAGAGCCUUACAAGUACAACUAUAACACUGGCAUCAGUUAUGAAACUUUAGGCCCUGAUGAAGUCAGAUCCCUUUUAACAACGCAAUGUGGGGUGAUCUCUGAGCACACCAAGAAGAUGUGUACCAGGUCUCAUCGAUGUCCCCAGCACACGGACGAACAGAGGAGGGCCGUCAGGCUGUUCCUCCUGGGGCCGUCCGCGCCGACGCUGCCUGAUGCAGACGCUGUGGUGGAGAGCGACAGCUUUGACAUUCCAGAUGGACAGACCCUGAUGAGCCGCCUGCAGUGGGAAGAUUCUCCUGAUAUUUCACCCAGUGACUCGGCCUCAUCUAAAGCCAGCACCAACCAUUCAGAUUCUAGGAGGCCCAAGAAAAAGAAGAGGACGUCUCUCGGUUUGAACAGUGGAGUAGUAGGAGGAGUAGUAGGAGGAGGAGGAGGAGUCGUAGGAGGAGGAGGAGGAGGAGGAGGAGGAGGAGGGGGGGGGGGAAGCCUAACAGGAGGCGGCGGCAGCAGCAGCAGCUCUCAGAGUAAUAUCAGCUUUUCGACCAAAAAAAAGAGGCCCAAACUCUCAGUACCUUCUAUUUCCAGUAUCUAUGAUGACCUAAACUAGCAUAAGCCCUGUCUGUCAGAGAAGCUCUCUGUUCAUACCUACAUUUACAGUUCUGAACAGGAUAGAUAAC